AUGGACUCUGGGGACCCAUAUGCCACCGUAACAACACAAUCUGUCUCCUCACCUGCUGCCCUGCCAUCCAGUUCUACACUCAACCACAACUCAAGGACUGUUGAUACGGCACUUUUUCAGUUGAGCAAUUCACCCUCCCAAAACUCGAACUCCUUCAUCUCGGUUGACCUACUUGCUGAGGGACCAGAACCUCUAUCAACUCCCUCUUUAAUCCCAUCAGAGCCUGUUUUGGAGUCUAGCCCAAAGUUUGAGGGGCCAGCUAGAGUCUCAAGAGAUCUAAAACUGGCUUGGAGAGAUUCAGCCCAUCCGCCUUCUCCUCAAAGCCCACUGAGAAUAUCAACUCAGCAGCCUCAGUCAAAUACAUCCACAAAAUCCACAACACAUUUAAGCCUCUCCAGUUUUACAAGGCCAACAGUGCCACAGCUUGUGGCUCUUAAUUUUGAUCCAAAAGCAUCAGAUGAACCCCCAUUAGCUUCCAGCAACCAAAAAGAGGGCACAUCAGAGCAGACGCUGACUCUUGAGUCCCACAAACUGCCAGUGGUUGAGCCAGGCUAUGUCUCACUCGACCCCGAACUGCAUUUGAAGUCCUCCAGUAAAGUUCUGGAUGUGAACCAGCUGAGCCCCAGCAGAAACCCAGUGCAGCAGGAUGGCCCCGCCUUUAGGGACCACAUGCUUCUUAACUUCCCACCUGAGAUACUGGCCCCCAGCUACGUGCCUUUCAUCAGCCCACACCCUACGCUGGCUUCAUCUGUACCCACUGAAUCCCUGCCGGAGGACUUCUUUCCUACCAACACCAUGGAUGUGGACUGGGGAUCUGGAGACUACAUGGAGACUAUGUCCUUCAUGGGUUCAGAGGGAGAUGACUACUCACCGGUCACCAAUCUGCCCUCUGAUAUGUACGACUUUGAGGACUCCAACACAGAGAGCUAUAACACCUCUUUCCCAUCCAGGGUUGGGGUGUACCCGUCCUCUUUAAACUAUCAAAAUGUCUUACCCUCUCCCCGCAGUUCUCCAAUUACAUCCAUCUAUCUAUCUUCUAUUUCCUCCUCAAUUCACCUUACAUUAGAGCCUGCUCUCACAGAUGAUAGUAACAUAGCAGAGACUUCAGAUAUUGAUUGGUCAGAUGCCUUCACCAUUGAUCCAACAGACCUUCUCUUACCUGACAUGAACAGUUUGGAGUACUACACCACUCAGCUGACCAAGGAGAACAACAUUUCUGACACUGGAGCUGAGCAAAAAGGGAAUGUUACCACCACUCUGCAUCGUUCUCUCAUGUCUGUCAGUGCUACAAAUAUUAUGCCCACAAAUAAUGCCACAUGGACCGAAGAGGAGUCUUCAAGUGAUCUAUCCGGCCUUGAGCCACUCAAUGGAACAACUCCAGUACAAACCACAGAGGUAACUUCUCAGCUGGUCAAUGUCUCUGAGCACUUGGUGGAGCUCUCUAUAGCACCGACCCCCUCCAUGGACCUCUCCUCAUCUGUCUGGGGUGGUAAGGUGUCUGCUACAGAAUGGUCUGGCGUCACACCCACCUCAGUUGUUGGACUGGUCAGCACUCCUUUAACAAUGUCUAUCCUAUCAAGCACUACGCCGCUGCAACCUGAUGAUGUCUUCUUAUCCCCCUCUGUGACAGAUGUCGAUUGGUUCAUUACAGAUUCUGUUCUCCGCAGCACCAGUCAUGUUACUCCUGUCAUGACUGCUACUGUAGCUUCCUCUUCUGUCCCUACCGAACCAGUGCCCAAUACCACUGUUGUCACAACUGACUUAAGCUCCAAUGUCACAGUUGUCAGAACUGAAUUAACUCCCAGCAGCACUUCAUUUUCAACUGAACCUACAACAAACACCACUUUGGUAUCCCCAAUUAUGGUAGGCGACCAGGGGGUGACUGAAAUUGCGACAGAAAACCCAACAAUGACCCUGAAUACAGUUACCACUGUAGCUAUCACUACCUCUGCUGUAUCCAGUACUACAACUGCCACUGCUACUUCUAGCUCAACAAAAACUAGUAUUACUGCUCCUACUGAAGCCUCCAGUAGUCCUUCCACCACCUCCACUACCAGUAGCACGAGUCUGCCCACAGUACCAACAUUAAGACGGUACCUCUGCAACAUCGAUAAACCACAAUAUUUAGUCAGAGUUGGUUUUCCAUCAGGAGCCACUAUUGGCUAUGCCAGGUCCCAAGUUGGAGACAUUUUGAAGAGUGAAUUCAAUAGAUCAGUGGAACUGCAGGUUGUGGAUCCCCCUCCUAAGUUUGUGUUCCGGGUGGUAUCUGGUCCAGUGGUGUACACGGCCAUAUCUGUCAUAAAUGCCUUGCGAAGGUCUGGUCGCCGCUUCCUGUCUGUGUCUCACAACUGGACCGUACCAGACCAUAAGUACCAUGUUCACUCAGUGCUGCAGUUUGUUCCUAACCACAUAGAUGUGAGGGUCUGCAACUUCAGCGAGCGCAUCGAAAGAGGCCUUACUAUGGCUUUUGCAGAAGUGCGCCGACGCUCACAGGAGUCAACUAGCUUCACAGUGCUUACGGUGAACAUUACCAUGGCUGUUGUUAAAAGCCAGUCGCAACGUCUUGCAAGGGAGCCAGUGGACAUCAUCUUUGCCGUGCGUGGCUCCAAGAGCUACCUGCUGGGGUCAGAGGUCAGCAACCUUCUGAUGAAGCUCACUGUUGUGGAGUUCAGUUACUACAUGGGCUUCCCUGUGCUGCAGAUUGCUGAGCCUUUCCAUUACCCAGAGUUGAACACAUCCCAGCUGCUUCGCCCCUCUUGGGUUAGAACAGUGCUGCUAGGUGUGCUGGAUGAGAGGGUAGGUGAGCGGACCCUCCAGGCCAAGAUGGAGCGCCGGCUGGCCCUUUUGCUGGGGGAAGCAAUGGGGAUGGUCAGACGUGUCAAAAGAGCCACCAAUGUGGGCAACAACAGCGUUCAGGUUGUGCGCACAAGCCGGCUGGUGGGCGCAGACCACCCCCUGGAGAUAGUGUACUUCAUGGAGGGUCCCAGUGGCCAGAGGCUGCCUGCGGUCCGAACGGCCAACCUGCUCAACAGCCUGGAUGUCCAGAGGGCUGCCAUCGUGUUGGGAUAUCGUGUGCAGGGCAUCCUAGCACAGCCUGUGGAGAAGGUGGCAUUACCGCCCUCCGACAAUGAGAACACCAACAUGUGGAUUGUCAUUGGUGUGGUGAUCCCUCUCCUGGUGGUUAUCGUCAUCAUCUCCAUCCUCUACUGGAAGCUUUGUCGGACAGACAAGCUGGAGUUCCAGCCAGACGCCAUGACCUCCAUUCAGCAGAGGCAGAAGUCUGCUGCCUCAUUCAGAGAAUCAAGAACCCCACACCGACAGAUGUUCACUCCGACUAAGAAGGUCAUAGAGUUUAGUGAGGAGGAGGAGGAGGAGGAGGAGGAGGAGGAAUAUGAGGAAGAAGAAGAGGAGGAGGUGGUUAAAGGGAGGAAGCAACAAAUAGUUCUUGCCAUGGGCAAAAAAAAUAUUAGCAGUGAAGAAGAAGAAGAAGAAGAAGAAGAAGAAGAAGAAGAAGAAGAAGAGGAAGAAGAAGAGGAAGAGGAAGACGAUGAAGAGGACAAAGAAAAGGAGAAAAUGAAAAGGACUGGAAUGAAAGUAGAGGAGAACCUAGGACAAGAGAGGAGGACAAUGUUGAAGAAAUCAGAGGAGACAAAGAAAGAACAAUGGACAAAGAAAGCAUUGUCAGAAGGAAGGAGAGCCACAAAGGAGCUGCAGGCUCCAAGCGUGAAGGGCUUUGAUUUUGCCAAGCUGCACCUGGGCCAGCAUAGUAAGGAUGACAUGAUGGUGAUUCAGGAGCCUGUCCCGCCGGGGCCUGGCUCUGCGCCCAUCCCCGUGCCCAUUAAAGAUGGGAUCAGCCCCGCUGAGAACGGGGAGGUCCUAACUCCUAAGUCCAAGGCCUCCUCCAACAAGGCGUGUCGCAGCGGUCGAAGACGAGGAAGGAUCUCCCCCUCAGAUGGUGACUCAGUUGUGAGCGACCGGUCCAGCGAACGGGAAUUGGGCGAGGAGAACCUGAGAGCCCACACCGCGCCCAACGACAGCAAGCAGGCCCGCAAGAUCCCCAUUAAUGUUUUAAAUGGAAAGAAUAGAAUUGGUCCUCCACUCCUGAACGGUACAGAUGAGCAGAUGUCCUCAGCCUCCAUCUUUGAACACGUGGGUCGAGUGUCCCGCUGCACGGAGGUGACCAGGAGACUGCCCAACAAGAUCCAGCUCAUCGCCAUGCAGCCCAUGCCUGUCCUACCACUACACAGCCCCACCGUCAACGGCCUAGCACCAGACAGCAGCCGAAUCAACAAGGAGAUCCAGGUGGCGUUGAGGCACAAGUCGGAAAUUGAACACCACCGAAACAAGAUCCGCCUACGUGCCAAAAGGAAAGGUCACUAUGACUUCCCAGCAAUGGACAACCUGUCCAGUGGCUUCGGGGAGACCAAGGAUCAGGACCACAUCUACCAGAAGGCACGACAGCAGAUCGAUAAGAUCCUGGACCCAGAUCUCCACAUGCCCUCCAUCUUCAUGGAGCAUAGGAAAAGUGGACGAGGGAAGCGCUCUCCCAAGCAGAGAAAGAAGGAGCAGCUGAACUGUGGCAUGAAGGAUGCAGACAAAGAUCACCUCAUCACCAAUGACGGUGACGCAGCUUACAGGAGGUGCCCUGGAGUCAACAACGUAGCAUAUGUGUCGGACCCUGACCAAGGCCCGGGAUCGCCUCCCAGGAGUCCCUCUCCUACAGACGAUGUGUUUUUGGGUCCCACUUCCUCUCCUCCGAGCCACGCCCCUCCCCCACCCCCUUAUAUGCCCCCGCAGCCCUCCAUUGAGGAGGCACGCCAGCAGAUGCACUCUCUGCUGGAUGAUGCCUUUGCUCUGGUGUCUCCCACCUCCCAGGGCAGUACAGCGGGGAUCACUCUCCCAGGUGUUGGCACCAACCCGCCUGCCUCCAGUCCUCCAUCCCGUGGGCCCAGGGCUUGGGGUUCUUCCUACCCACCUCUAAGUGCUUUUUCAGGGAGGUACAACGAGCUGGCCAUGCCCCCUCCUUCAGUCCAGGGCCUGUUACAGAGACAAGGCUUUGGCUCCAACUACCUGCCUCCAGGAGAGUCUGCUGGCCCCAGCCAACAGCUCCAGCCCGACAGCCUGUACUCCAGUAGGGGCCUUUACGCUGAGGAGCUGCCAUCGUCUGCCAGACCACGGCCAGUAGGGGGCACUACGGGUGCCCAGCUCCAUCAUUUAACGCAGGUGGGCUUGUCCAGCCGGCUCAACGGUUACGCAGCAGGUGCCAGGGCUGCUCCAGGCCAGAAUGGAGGAGUUAGCUGGAGCCCCUAUCAAGACGACAACUUCUCUAGGACAGGACCUGACAGAGAUGCAGUGAGUCAACUAAAUUUCCUGGACUAUCCUGACUACUCGUCCUCUAUCUUCCAGAUGCCAAGGAGUGUUGUCAGGGAGCCCUCGGCGCCCACUGCUCACCUAGAUGCCCCCGGGCUGGGCUAUCCCUCAGCCCCCGAACCCUUGGACACCUCCCCACCCACCCACUCCUCAGCCUCCCUAAUCAAGGCCAUCAGGGAGGAGCUGCUUCGGCUCUCCCAGAAACAAGCAGCCAUUUCCAGCUACCACAGCUGAGGCUGCCCCCCUCCUUACCCCCACCCCCACUCCCACUCCCAAGUGCUCCAGCCCAAAGCCCCAGCCCCCAGUCAUGUCACUCCCCCCGUGCCCACCCGCUUUACGUAGCUUAGUGAUGCUUCCCAUGGAAGUCCAUAACUGUGUACAGGAAGGAACCAAUCCUACUAAUAUUGAACA